UCAAAACCCAGGACAGAGUCAAACACAAUCUGAAGGAGGAUCCAAGCAACUGCACAGAUGAGUUCAAGUUUGGAAUGUCUGAAUCUGCAGUGGUUGUAGAAAAACUGGGCAUGAACGGAUCUCAAUUCUUGAAUAUAUCAGAGUACGAGCUGAACCGAUUCAAAAUAAUGCAUCAGCCGAAGCUUCAAAAGAUGGUGCAUGACAUCAAGAAAAAUGAAACUGGGAUAAUAAACAAGUUCAAAAGGUUCCAAAAUGAACAAGUGGCCUUAAUUUGCAAAACUGGGAAAGAUACUUGGGAUCGGCUAAAAAAAAAACCACCACCAAAUGUACCACAAAGGGAUUAUGCUUCAGAACAUGCAGACAAUGAAGAGGAACAAUGGUCAGAUGAUUUUGACAGUGAUUAUGAAAAUCCAGACGACCACUCUGACUCUGAGAUGUAUGUGGUCCCAAGUGAAGACAAUGGUGAUGACAGCUAUGAACCGCCUCCAAGUGAGCAGGAGAAAAAGAAGAUUCCUUCAGCAUUCCCUAUCUCUAGGGGUGAAUAUGCAGACAAUCGCACCAGUCACCAGCAGCCUCCUUCCAUCAACAAACCUCUCCCAACCAUGCCCAGUCCAGCUGCAUCCAGACCAAAGAAACCAUCUAAGCCAUCUCUGCCAUUGCCAUCUACUGCUCCAAAACCAAAAGUACCGCCAAAGCCUAAGGAGUGCAGUGACGAUGAGGACAAUUACAUCGUUCCAGUGGACAAUGACGACGACAACUAUAUCGAACCCACGGAAAGCAGCACGUCACUACCUACAAGAUCUCCUGUGAACAGAUUUAUGAAGCCAACAACAAAGUCAGCCUUCCCCACUUCUGCAACGCCUUCUCUUACUUCUGACAUGCAAGAAGUCUAUGAGGUUCCUGAAGAAGAGGAAAAACCAACACCAUCACCAGUAACCAGGUUCACUAAGCCACUUCCUUCUGCGCCUGCUCAAAAUUCAGAGCACUCCCACGUGCACAACAUGUCACCUAAGUCGGAUGCUUCCAGAAAUAUUGUGCCUCUUCCCAGAAAUCGUCUUCAUCCAAAAGCAGACCGCGAAGCAAACGAUAAUGAGGAAAAUCAUAGUUUCAAUAGUACUCAGGAAUCCAGAUUUCCCACUGGAGCAGCUCCUUCUCCAUUACCUAGGGUCAUAAAGAAAACUUCUAAUGCAGUAAAUCCAGCAAAACCAAGUUUACCAUGCAAAGAGGCCUUAACUGUAAAUGAAGAGAAACCUACAGCAGCAGAACGACGGCGAGGUGCCAGUCAAGAGCUUCCUCUUCCACCCUUUCCAAGUGGUGCCCAAAAGACUUUGCUCCAAAAGCCCUCAACUCUGCCAAAAGUGCCAGAAGCUGCAAACCGUUCUCUGGGUGCUUCCCCUCGCAGCAGUUUUUCAUCAGUUUCAAGUAUUGCAGACCAGGAUGCUGGUGUUCAUAGUAAAGCAUGGUAUGCUGCUGCCUGUGAUCGAAAAACAGCAGAAGAUGCAUUGUACCGAUCAAAUAAGGAUGGAUCUUUCCUAAUAAGAAAGAGUUCUGGACAGGAUUCAAGGCAACCAUACACACUGGUUGUGUUUUAUAACAGAAGAGUAUACAACAUCCCUGUACGAUUUAUUGAAUCAACAAGACAAUAUGCACUGGGCAGAGAAAAAAAUGGUGAAGAGCGCUUUGACAGUGUUGCUGAAAUAGUAGAGAAUCAUCAGCGCACAUCCCUCGUUCUAAUUGACAGCCAAAACAACACAAAAGACUCAACAAAACUGAAACAUAUUGUAAGAGUUUCAUAAUCAAACUGAACUGCUAAGAUCGAGAUUUUCUUAAUCACCUCCUGCAACAUCCUAAAAUUUGUGGAACAAGUAUUAAAGAAGAUCAUCCAAAACUAUGGAGAAUAUUCUUUAAGAACAUCCACUGAAUAGUAAGAGAUGCAGUUCAUAAACUUCAACCAGUAUCAUUUUAUCAGAAAAUUCAUAUUUAACAGAAGAAGCCAAUGCAGAUAUAGUCUUAUCUGUGCAUCUAUGACAACAUGGGUAUUCAAAAUCAUGUCAACAACAACUGCAUACUGCAGCCUGGUUCCUUGACUGCUAUUUAGAGUUCCUGUAGGACAUUCUCAUUUUAAAAGUGAGAAUACUCAAAUUUAACUCAAAUGGAACUGCUCAUUCCACUUGUUAAACUUACCACAGACCACAGCUUUCAGAAAUUUCCUUGUAAAGUGCACAGCUCCAGAAGUUAGAGCAUCUAAACCUAAGGUAUCACUGUGUAUAAACUGAAAACAGGGACUGUAUUUCUUGUGAUUAGUGGCAAUAAAGCUGCCUGAAUUUCUGAGAUUACUGAA